GGGGCAUUUAUGUGCCCACCAUGAGCUGAAAUGAGCAUCUUUACUAAGGUCCCCGGACUAGUCCAACAAACCAGCAAGCUGGGGUCUGUGCUCCAACGUGCCUUUUACGGGUCCAGCGGGAGGGUGACCCUUUUCGAGCAAAGGAACUUUGCCGGCAGACGGCUGGACCUGAGCUCGGACUGUCAGAAACUGAGUGACAAGAACUUCCCUGAAAGAUGCAACUCCGUGCAGGUGGAGAGUGGAGCCUGGGUGGGCUACGAACAUGACAACUUCCGGGGGCGGCAGUACUUGUGGGACAUGUCCGACAGGGGCGAGUAUACCUGCACAGAAAAGUGGUGCGCCCAGGCCGACCGUGUCUCCUCUGUACGCGCUGUGAGACAGGACACUAAUCCCCCCCGGGCCCAGCUGUUUGAAAGGCCAGGUUUCUCCGGGAAAAGGGUCGAGCUUCAGGAUGAUAUCCCCAACCUGAUGACCAGAUACAGCCUCAACAGAGCCGCGUCAAUCAGAGUGAUGGGCGGAGCCUGGGUGGUGUAUCAGGAGCCCAACUACAGAGGAGCACACUACAUCCUGGAGAGGAAAGACUACAAUAACUACUCAGACUGGGGAGCUCAGAGCAGCACUGUGGGCUCCAUGCGUAAGAUCCGUUUCAGCUGAACUCCUGUAAAAACCCUCUACAGAACCAGAACCUGAACCUGAGAACCUGAGAAACUGAACCAGAACCUGAACCAGAACCUGAGAAACUGAGAACCUCCUCCCGCUGACCUUUUUACACUCAACAAGCUACUCACAUUCAAACAGAAACAAUAUUUUUACUAAUAAACGACUGAAAAAGA